UUUUUUCUAAAGCAUCAAUAGGUAGUUCACUCACAUAGAGCCAGAUAUGGACGAUUCCUGGAAAUUCAGCCAAUGUUUUGGCGAUAAAGGCGACAUCGAGAACAUCACCGAGGCGGAUAUCAUCUCCACAGUCGAAUUCGAUCAUACCGGCGAUUUCCUAGCAACAGGCGACCGUGGAGGACGAGUUGUGUUAUUCGAAAGAAAUGAGAACAAGAAAACUUGUGAGUACAGAUUUUACACAGAGUUCCAAUCUCACGAUGCUGAGUUUGAUUACCUUAAGUCGUUGGAGAUCGAGGAAAAGAUCAACAAGAUCAAAUGGCUGAAACGUUCUAAUCAAUCCAACUUCUUGCUUUCCACCAACGAUAAAACGAUAAAGCUAUGGAAGGUGUUUGAGAAGCAGAUCAGGAUGGUGUCGGAAAAUAACCUUAGCGAGAACUCGGUUUCGUCUCCAAAAUUACACUCACAGUAUUCCUCGUUCCAUACAAAUACGAAUUUUACACAAUCCUACCCCAUGUUUUCAUCUGCGGCAAACCUAAAGCUUCCAAGGCUAACCAUGCACGAUACCAUCACAGCAGCUCAACCAAAAAAGAUAUAUGCAAACGCUCAUGCCUACCACGUGAAUUCAAUCAGUGUGAACUCCGAUCAAGAGACUUUCAUUUCUUCCGAUGAUCUCAGGAUCAAUUUAUGGAAUUUGGGAAUAGCCGACCAAUCCUUUAACAUUGUGGAUAUCAAACCGGUUAAUAUGGAGGAACUCACCGAAGUGAUUACAAGUGCAGAAUUCCAUCCUACAGAUUGCAACUUAUUCAUGUAUUCCUCCUCGAAAGGAACCAUCAAGUUGAACGAUAUGCGUGUCAACUCGCUGUGCGACAACCAUGCGCGUGUAUUUGAGGAAUAUAUGGAUCCAUCCAACCACAACUUUUUCACAGAAAUAACUUCUUCUAUAUCAGAUGUCAAAUUCAGCUCAAACGGCAGAUACAUUGUGUCGAGAGAUUAUAUGACAGUUAAGAUAUGGGAUAUAGCGAUGGAGUCGGAACCAAUCAAAACAAUCAACAUUCAUGAGCAGCUCCGGGAUCGGUUGUGUGACACAUACGAGAAUGACGCGAUCUUUGAUAAAUUUGAGGUGCAAUUCAGCGGAGACAACAAAUCCAUUAUGACCGGUUCAUACAACAAUAAUUUCAUGAUCUACCAAAAUGUGGUGGGUAACUCAGGUCCAGAAAAGGAGAUUGUGCUUCAAGCGGAUAAGUCAGCAUUUAAAGCAAAGAAAAUGAAUUCAAACAAGCGGAAGAAUCUAACAAUGAUGAAUAAGAUGGACUUCGACACCAUCGACUUCAAAAAAUCAAUUUUACACUUGAGCUGGCAUCCUCACGAAAACUCAGUUGCCAUUGCCGCUACCAAUAAUCUAUAUAUCUUUUCUGCUCUUUAAUUAGAGAGCGUGGUAGUCAUUCUGUCAUCUGUAUGAAAUAUAUUGAUUUUGUGUACGUGCCAAACUUUAAUAGUCUUUGAUGUGUCUGUUCACAUCUGGGUUCCAGAACAAAGUCUUGUCACCAUCUCCCCAGAAGAAGUCUUUUCUUCUAAUGUUUUGGUAUGGGUAGUCUUUUGGCCACUCCUCGUCAGAGAGGUGCUUGGUAUGUUCUCUGUGGCGAGCAUGUUCAGCCUCAACGAGGUAAGUGUUGACAGCAGUCAAGGCAAUGACAGGGAAAGCAACAAAGUACGUGAUUUUCUUCCAAAGCUGAGACGUCUUCUCAGAGUGGUGAAUGACGGCCUCAUUGUGCUCGAUGAAUUCCUUGGCUUUUGCUGGGUCUGGCUUUUUAAAAGCAGGCUCGUUCUGCACGGAGGAGUUGAAUCUUCUACCAACAAUUCUCGCUUGUCUAAUUCCAAUGGCUCUCAACAUCUUGUUCUAUGAUUUACUGGAAGCCUGUUUAUUAGUGA